CUGAAAACAAGGAGACAACAAUAAAGAUGGUUGCCAUGUUCCACCUUGUUGGUAUGAUUACUUUCUGGAGCUUGUUGCAGGCAGGCAGUGCCAGAACAGACUUUCCUCAAAUGAAUGAUGCCGAGUUGGAAAAUUUUGUUCAACUUGAAGGCAGUUUUAACUGUAAAGGGACGUCCUGUCAAUGUUGCGUUAAUGUUGGUUGGGAUUUUGUGCCUGGUUCCCUGGAAGCGUGCAUCAAUAUGAAGUAUUUGGCAAAAAACAUAGGAAUUUUUGUUAAUAUUUCACUACAAGGACAGGAAAUAUACAGCGAAGAAGUCUCGGUUAGAAACCCACCACCCAUCUGCCCAACUACGUCACUUUUAAAGAAGUUUGGAAAACUUUGUCUGGAGUUUUACAACAUGACUUUUAAUGAAAAGAACCUUGCAGGAUGCGCUCGCAUUUCCCUGAACCUUCAUAAAAUUUAUUCAAAACAAAUUCCACUUGGGUGCUUUGGAACUUCUUUAGUUGAAGAUAGUAACAUCGAACGUAUUGAUGAAAAUAAAAUAAUUGGAAAGACAGAUCAAAAUGAAAGAAAUAGGCAGACAUAUAUUUCAAGAAUUCAAACUGAAAAAAUUGGGGAAACAUAUACUUUACGUAAUCAAAAUGAAAGAAAUAGGGAAAACAUUGGAAAUAAACAGGGGUCACUUCAUAAAAAUGAAGGAAAAAUUGAAAUAACUGGCUUCUUGUUAAUGCUCCUCUUGUUGAUAAACCAAUGAAAUAUUCUAAUCAAGCCAAUAGAAAAGAUUUCUUUGUACAGAAAUAUGUUCUAAAUAAUUAUACAUAAUUUUUUUAAAAAGUUUAGAAAGGUUCUUUAGAAACUCUUUUAUAAAUUUUGAUUUUGAAUCUUAAUAAAUUGGGAAAUAUUUAAGUUAACAAACCAUUGUCACAAUACUAACUAAACAUCAUUAAGAUGAAAACUUUUCAGCAAUGAAAAAAUAUAUAAAAAGCGUCAAAUAAAAAUGACAUAAAUGAUGUGUUUUUGAUCACUGCUAACUCAUCAGCCACUCAAUUUCUAUAUGGAUGAUUAUACAAGAUCAGCAAAUUUCUGGGACAUUUUUCCUUCUUUAAAUAUUGAACCAAAGAGAAAUUGAAAUAAAGAAAGUUAAAAUAAAAAUAUUUCUUUUUUAUUAAUACACAGUUGAUUUGUCCUACACAAUUUCACAAAAUGGAAAAGAUGCUUGAUGAAAUUGAAUCUUGGAUGAACAUUCUUGUAUCUCGAAUGUUUAAUGUCUGAUAUGACAUGAGGAACAAUGUAGAACAAUACCCGGACAGAAAGAUCACAAUGACAACAACAGCUUUCUAUUCAUUUGCAGCAAGUAGAUUCUGAAGUAUUUGCAAGAUUCAAUAUGAAUUAAGGCAAACAUUAUUGUUAUAUCUCUUACACUUUAUGGUAGAUAAAAGAGCAAAUAAAACCUUUAUUUAAAAAUAUUUCAUUAACCAGAUAGUAAAAAAAAGGUGGUAAAACAUUUACAGACAUAUGGACGGAGAGGCAAAAUGAUGCAGCACGAAAAAUGAGCAAAACUGCGAAAGAGACGAGUA